AUGGACGGCGAAUCCAGAUCGCCUCUCUUCUACCGACACGUGGCAGCAGGAGCUGUUUCAGCCGUGGUGGCGAGCGCCCUCACAUACCCUCUCGAUGUCGCGAAGACCGUCGCGCAGGCGGGUGUCGCACAGGCCAGCGUCGCACACGCGGUUGUCGCACAGACAGGCGCCGUGCAGGGCAGUACGAUCGCGGGGGGACCAGGCGGAGGAUCUUCUGGUGGACUGGCGAGAAGCGGAACAGCAGCAGCCUCAAGAGCAGCUGCUACCAGCGGUCUCAACUGGAGAAGUAGAGCCGCGUUCACGGGGUUUUCACCGCAUAUCGCGGGGCAUCUGCCAUCGCUAGCAGCCCGCUACACCACCUACCAUCUUGCCGCCGCCUACCAAAUGGGUGAGUCCACCUUCCUUCCUUCCUGCCUUGCCAUUCACCUCGCGUUCUCCUCGUGGUCUUCUAGUUCAUCAAGCAAGUCAACUCACUCAGCACGGGUACGGUUCAAUGCGGUUGAGCAUAAUGCUGUCUUUUCCCCCCUUGAGCAGCAGCAGCCUGUUCCUUUGUUAACUUGUCCUCUUCCGUCCCCUCCUUCCCCUCUUUUUACCCCGAUGGUCUGCCCUCUUGGCUCCCCAUCUCCCCGCCUCAAGCACCAGCAGCAGCAGCAGGUGCAUAGCCGGGAUGGUCUGCCCUCUUGGCUGCCCAUCUCCCCGCUUCAAGCAGCAGCAGCAGCAGGAGCCAUUGCAGGAGCGACAGAGUCUCUGCUCUACGUGCUUCACCUGAAACUUUGCUAUGGUCUGCCUUCUUGGAUGCCCAUCUCCCCACCUCAAGCAGCAUUAGCAGGAGCCAUAGCCGGGGCGACAGAGUCCCUGCUCUCCACACCAUUCGACCUCCUCAGAACCCGCCUGCUGCUCGCCACUCCCCUGCUUCCACCUGUCCCGCCCUCCCACCCCAUCUCCCUCCCCAGCCCUUCCAUCCGCAUCCACCGCCCCUCGACUCCUUCCCAACCAACCUCUUCUUCUUUAGGCAAGCCCUCCCCCAGCGAAAUCUCCCCCAACCAUACCUCCUCCGGUCAAUCCGCCACCAUCAAUCAAUCUUCCAACCCCAGUCAGAAGUCACGGACUGGCUCCUCUCUUCCCAAGCACAAGCUGCCCCAUCCGCACACACACAGACAGACCAACUCUCGACCUAACCGCCCUCACCGCACAACUCACAAGCGCACAUUCGUUUCCUCCUCCUCGCCUCCUCCCACCGUCCUCACCUCCACUCAAGCCCUUCACCAGAGGCACUUCUCUGCAGCCUUGCGUGGCCCUACCACCCCCCCUCCCCCUAACCCCCCACCGCCCACCACCUUUUCCCUCUCCCUCGCCCGCUACCCCUGGACACCGGUCCCGUCGCCCUACCUCCCUGCCUCGUCCCCGUGGGAAGCCGCAAGGGCUGGAGUGAGGGCGGAGGGGGCAGCUCAGCUGUGGCGAGGGCUUCGAGCUGGCGUGACUCGGGACUCGCUUUUCGGAGCGGUGUUCUUUGGAGGGUGGGUGACUAUAGAGGAGGGAUUGAGGGAACUGGAGGAGCUUCAGAGGAGGAAGAGUGAGAGGGAUGGGGAGGAGGAGCAGGAAAGGACGGAGGGAGGAGGAGUGGGUGGUGGAGACAUGGGGAGGGGGAGUGUGGGGAAUGGGUAUUGGUAUGCGUUGACGCAAGGGUUGGAAGCGGCAGUGGCAGCAGCGGUGGCGUCGGUGGUGUCGCAUCCGUUUGACUGUGCCAAGACCCGCACUCAAGCCACUGUCUUGCCUAAGGGUGGGGAGGGGAUUUGGGCGGAUGGGGGGGGAAAGCGUGGGAGGGGGAAGUGGGGAAGUGAGUGGGUGAAUUGGUGGGAAAGGGGAAGGGGGGAAAGGGGAGAGACCCCGUGCUGGUGGAAAAAGGGGAGCGACCUGGCGCACCUGCUGGAGGUGCUGCGCGGCGCGGAGGACGCGCUCGCGAAGCACGCGCCGCAGCUCGACACGCUGCUCGCGUCGCUUGAUCCCGCCUUGCACUCGCUUGCCUUCCUCUUCUUUCUGUGA